AUGAGAGACAUCACGUCGGCUCUAUACAGGUUAGAGUCCCCGUCGAUGACUUCCCGAGACCCUGAUGGCGUCGAUUCUCGUGAUAUUGAUGCCGUUCGUCUGGAACCUGCUGGUUCACACUCUGAAGCUGCUUUCCCAACCGAUUCAGUUUUCUCAGGUAUCACUGAAGAUAUCGAUAUUUCUAUUCCAGUGCCGCUCCAAAAAUCUUUCGAUGCGGCAAGGCUUGUAGGUAUCCCACCUCCGCCACCCAAGAACCCUCCACCAAAAAAGAAGGGAGCGAAAAAGAAGGAUAAACAAGUGGAUACAAAGCAAACUGAUGGCGAACAAGGCAAUGACGAAAAUGUGGAUGACGUCAAUGUUGCAUCUACGGCUAGUGCUUCGGGUUCAAAAUCUCUGUUGAAUCAAAAGCAAGCGGCAAAGACUGAGGAUGAGGAUGCAGAAGAUGAUGAAAGUCUCUUUUCCUUCAUAACGACCGAAAGUAAUACCAUCGACGUAGAUGACUAUUCACUGGCAUCUCGAUCCGUAAUGAGCGUCAAAUCAAAUAAACGAGACCUUCCAGCUCCAUCUCCAGCGAGUGUUGCUACUAGGCCUCACAGCAACACAACGAAGGAAGGGAAUGCGUCGGACGAAGACGAGAUCGCAAAUUUCUUUGCUCCAGACGGAGAAGCUCAGAAAGCAACAAGGGAUAAAAAACGAGGUUUCCUUAGAAAGCUGUUCCGUGGCCGAGGAAAGACUAAGGGUGAUGUUGGGCAAAUGGAUGUGAUUGCAGAGUCUGCUACACAGGAAUUCAACCCUGAUGCUGGAACAGACAAUGAGAAGCCAACCGAGAUGCUGGCGCCAACCACUCAAGGAAAGGCAAAAGAGAACUCAAAAAACAAUGAUGCUGAAGAACAUGAGUUUGUUGACCUUGAUGAUCAUACUAUUGUUGAGCAAGAUGAAUCUGACGAAACCACGCUCAAAGCUUCCGCAUCUAAUCAAAGUCUCGCUCAAGAUCCACCAGAUCACGAAAAUGGUGAUCCACCACAGCGCAGUGGCCGCCCAUUGCUCUCCCCUAGAAGUGUAAAGAAGACGAUGCAGGUCAUCGACGUUGAUGGAGAAGGAACCGGGCGUUCUCGUAUUGCUAAUUUCUACGGCCCUGCGGGGAACAACGACUAUCUCGUGCAGGCUAUCCCAAGUACUCUAUCUAUUGAUCGAUCGUUGUACGGUGGAGAUAUAUCCAUCAACCAAAGGCUCUCUGUUGAUCCUGAAGCCGAUGGGGAACCUCCCAGAAUUUUGUCAACCAAGGCUCGGGGCGCAGAGGCAGUCAAGGUCGAAGUAUACAAGGAAGGUCGAAAGCCAACCCCAAAGAAUGAUGAACAGCUUCUCGUUCUUGUCCCAACUGAAAGUGUUGAUCCGGUUGGUGCUUCCCCCAGACUUGACGGCGAUACUCGUGGCCGCGCAGAGGUUGAGGUUGUUUUCAAGGAGCCUGCAGGAGCAUCUCCCCUUGCAUGGAAAGUGGCUCAUGAUGAUCCCUUUGGCACAUCUCCACGUCAUGCUGAAGAAUUGAAGAACCGUGAGAAGAAUAGAGCGUUUACAGUGUCAAGAGCCAAGAGCGAGGACCCUCCUCUUGCUGAUAAAGAGGUUGUACUGUCAAAAGCCAAAAGUGAGGACCCUCCUCUUGUCGAGGAAAUUGCCAACCAAGUUGUCGACGAAAUUGUAAUCAAAGCUGACAACGAAACUGUCGAGGAACCUAUCGAGGAACCUAUCGAGGAACCCAUUGAGAAAGUUGCAAAGGAAACCGACGAAGAAGCUAUGAAAUACGUUGUUGAGACAUCAAAACAAGACAUGGGCACCACAAUGAAGCCACCAGUUGCACCAGCAAUGUUGGAUGUUGUCACAGAGACAGAAAUAGAGGAAACUUCUCAGAAAACGGUUGGAGAUGGUUUCGACGCCGCACAGAAUGAAAAUAGACCCGAGGCAUCUCGUGCAGCCUCGGAUCUAAACGAGUCUUUUGUCCAAGAUGCGUCGGAACCUAAUCCGGUCAGGGUGGAAAGAGAAAUUGAAUCUACAGAUGAACGAGCAACAAAAUUAUUUUCUGUUUCCGCGGCUGCGUUCUCCAACGCUGAAACAAUCGCCUACCUCCAUGAGUUGCAAGGUCAAGCUUCGCCUCGCCAUUCAUGGCAUACUUCCAAGCGACGAAGCGACGCUGUCCCUCCCAGUCCGUUGCCCACACAGAAAAAGACCCCAAAGGAAAUUCUGAAAGCAAAACUUCGGGAAAAAUACAGCAUGGUGCAAGAAUCGGACAGGAAGAAGGCACCUUCUCCAAACGAAUACACUGCCGAAAACUUCGAUGAUACUAUUGAGAGAGCAAACAAACUUGAAAGAAAGAACAUCUCAAAAUUCCAAGGUUUUGGAUACCAAUCGAGGUUCAAGGGUCGCAAACCAACCAAGAAAGAUAAACAACAAGCUGAUUCAGUCAACAUUCCAAAUGCGAAAAAUACUCGAAACGAAAAGCCCGAAGAGGGCAGCUCCGCUUCCUCUGAUAACAGAUACACGACGAUUAAAGUGAUUCCAGGAAAACUUGCGGCCCAAGCCGUUGCUCGAAAUCGCCCAACAAGGAAGAAUGUGAACUCAGAGCCAGAAAGUCAACAGCAACAGCGCCUUAAAAAACAGAGGCGAGAAGGACAGAAUCGUUUUCGCUUCAGGGUACCCGAGGCCGAAAUCAAGGAUCCCAUUCAAAGAGCCAGUCGACGAUUGCUUACAAAAGCUGCAUUGCGAAUCCAAACUGCUGCACGAAUGUAUUUGGCCAAACGCGAAGCUGUGGAUAGGAUGUGGGCACUAUUGGCAAUCCAAUCUUAUAGCCGCAGGUGGAAGUGCGAAGCAAUCUUAAGAGAGAGAGUGAAUGCCAUCAAAGCAGUUCAGUCGAUAGCUCGUGCAUUGAUUGUGAAGAAGGAAAUUGCAAGAAGAAAUGCUGCUGCGGUGAAAAUCCAGAAAACUCUUCGAGGAUACCUCACUGCUGCAAAGGUCUAUGACAUGGUAUAUUGCCUUGUUUCCAUUCAGUCUUUGAUGAGAGGGGCGUACGUGAGACAUAUGAAGGCAAAACGGAAGGCACUGUUGGGUGCCAAUGCACACAAGGCGAUUCCCAUGCAGUCAUUGAUUCGUGCAUUCAUCUCUCGUAAGGAACUAGUCGGACGGCAUGUUGCCGCAAGUAAGAUGCAGAGCAUCUGGCGAACAUACGUCGCAAAGAUUGAGGUGCAAAUGCAAAUUGUCGACAUCAUUGUCAUGCAAAGUGUGGUCCGACGGUGGCUCGCAUGUCAGCAGGCGAAGGCAAUUAGAAAUGCUCCAUACUUCAAACCUGCAAGCACGAUUCAAGCCAUGGUUCGAGGUCGUCUUGCAAGAACAUACCACAACAAAAUGUUGGCUGCACAGCAAAUCCAAAGGGUGUGGCGCGGGUUCCAAGCUUACACCGACUACGUGUUUGCACUCGUUGAUAUCAUCGUGGUCCAAAGGAAGGUGCGACAGUUUCUCGCAGUGCGCAAGGCCAAUGCACUUCGACAAGAGAAGUCAUCAAAACUUGAGAACUUCGCAACCAAAAUCCAGAAGACUUGGCGAGGAUUCUGGUCUUUCUCUCAAUAUAUUAUUGUUCAAUAUGAAGUCACUCGCCUACAGGCCAUUGUUCGCGGAAAGUUAGCCCGGGAAAACUAUCAAUUCAAAUUGGGUUGUGCCAUUAUCAUCCAAGCAAAGGUCAGGCAACACCUAGCAAGAAAGAAGUUGACUUCUGAAAAGCUAGACCAAACAAUGGUACUUGCGAAGGCCGAGGAACUUCGGGAAAAGAAUGCAGUGAAACGUAUCCAAUUCUGGUGGCGUAUUGUUCUUGAAUGGUCCAAGGAAAAGAAGGCAGCGCUAGUCAUCGAGCGAUUCUUCAUCAAUGUGAAGAAAGAGGUUGAACGCGAGGUGCGCAGAAGACGACGAAGGUCAUCGACACAGCGCAAGGACAGGAAGCACCGUGCAUCGCAGUCUCUUCGAGGAAGCAGUCAAAUGGUUUCCUUCGACAAGGAAAUGAUCAAUCGCAGUCAAAGUGCGCCAAGAGCACGAAGGCCACCCACUACUCAUCGAACACCAACCAAUACGGGUCGCAAUCGCAGAAUGCCAUCUCCUUCUCCACGCCAUUUGAACAAAGACUACCGGAACUGGCCAGUCGACUCGGUCCUCCAACUCUCUGAAAGCAACGUGUCCGAAGUUUCAAACAUUACUACACCAGAGGCAUUGCUCCGCUCAUCGGCAAGCUUUGAUCGACGCCAGAAAGGAACGAGAACAGCAACUGACUACAUCCAGAAGUACAAUAAGGCUGAGGUGUAUUCCGCGGACAACAGACAGGGUCGUGCGCCACAAAAGCGCUCAGAAUCUCCCGCUCGUGUUGAUCAACAAUCACAGCACUUCUUCUCAGAUGGGCGGGGAACUCCUUCAAGGAACGAAGGUGUGCCUCCACGCACCGACAGGAAAGCAGCAGCUGCAAUGGGACAACAUGGAAGACGUCGCUCAACCUCAGGAACCCCAAGAGGACACAGAAUGCCGCCAUCACCACACAGACUGCCCCCAUCUCCACACCGAAUGCCUCCUUCGCCUCACCGACAAUCUCCAUCGCGGCACCGAAUGCACCCAUCCCCACACCGGACUACACCUUCCCCUCGCCGAACGCAACCUUCACCACACCGCGUUUCUUCAUCGCCGAACAGAGGUGCGCAAUCUCCUCGCAGAGAGAGGCUCUCCAAUUUGCCACCUGUUGAUUUAUCGAAACAUGGAGCCAUUAAGCGGGAUGAAACCGUGGAGACAGAUUCGAUGAGCCACAGCACUGUAUCAAGGUCAGUAUAUGACAACACCCGUAACCCUGCCGAAGAGAGAGGAUACUCUUCUAAACGCGAACUCAGAGACCAGCCGAUCUCAUACCUCGGUCCCGACUAUGGAGAGGUUUAA